UCCAUCAGCUGUAGGAGAAAGCAAACAGAACAAAAAGAACGAGAAGGACACGAUAAAGCGACGCAAAACCCCACGACUAAGAAACAAAUCGGGAGAGUAUUUACCAUCAUGGACGCCGAAGUAACUAACUUCCAAAAAGAGAUCAAAGAAAAAUAUCUCUCCCAACUCUUGGCAAAUGCGAACCAAAUGAGGAAAAGUGGAAGUCUAUGCGACGUCAUUUUACGAGUGAAGAGCAAAGACUUUCCGGCUCAUCGCAGUGUUCUUGCUUCGGCUAGUCUCUACUUCCGAGGUUUGUUUAUGAGCCAAAUGAAGGAAGACCAAAUGUUUGUGGAAUACAAUGAUCUCGAUUCUAGAUGGAUUGAAAAAAUACUGUCUUUCAUCUAUACGGGAGACAUAUCGCUAACGGAGGAGAACGCAGCUGAUAUUGUAGCCAUCGCCGACUACUUAAUAAUACCUAGCUUGAAGGAACUCGGCACAUUGUUUCUACAAAAACGAAUCACGCACUGUAACUGUUUUUCUCUUCAUGUUUUUGGAGACAAGUUCAGCUGCAAAGACUUGAGUGUUAAAUCAAAAGAAUAUAUAAAUCAAAAUUUCGAGACCCUUUGUUUUACUGAUGGUUUCAAAGCACUGGACGUGCAUUUUGUGAUGGAGUUUUUUAAAAGCGACGAAGUUCAGAUAUCUAAAGAAGAGGUGAUUUUUGAAGCGAUUCAAGAGUGGAUCUACCAUGAUUUGGAAAACAGAAAGCAACACUUUGAGAAACUGUUCGGUUGCGUUCGACUUCUUUGCAUAUCCAAAUAUUAUCUAGCUGAUUAUGUUGAAAGCGAAUCUCUAGUCAAAGAGAGCGACUAUUGUACUAAUAUGUUGUUCAAGGUUUUUAAGUCAUUCGUAUUCUCAUACCAUGAAAGGCGUGAUGGCGCGCCGGAUUUUAACGUCGAGCUGGGGUUGCCCAGAAAAUGUUUAAAGAAAGAAGAGGUGUCUAUAGUAGUCACUGGCGGGACGUAUUUGACCAUCCAAGCUAACAAAAAUACUGAAGCUUUCCUUCCUUCAAAAGGUCAGUGGAUGAAGCUCACUGAAAUGAAUUAUCCACGUGACGAACAUGUGACAGUUACUUGUGGGGAUUUUCUUUACGCCAUCGGUGGGUACAAGAACACACACACAGUGGAACGUUAUGAUCCCCGCAUCAAUACUUGGACAGAAGUUGCGUCUUUGCCGGUGAAGUGCUCGUCUGCUGCUGCAGUUACCAUAGACGGUAGAAUCUAUGUAAUCGGAGGUCGAGAUUCGUUCCAACCAUACAAUACGGUCCAGUGCUACGACCCCGAGGACAAUACGUGGUGUUUGAAGGCACCGAUGAACGUGCGUCGUAAGGCACACUCAGCUGUCGUACUGGACGGGUAUAUCUUCGCCAUCGGAGGAAUGAACGAUACGUAUGGGCAGUUGGGGGGAGUUGAGAGCUACGACCCCGGACAAGAUCACUGGAGACACGAAACCACAAUGUGCACACGACGAAAUUUUGCAUGCGCAACGACCAUCAAUAGAAAGAUCUACGUCAUAGGAGGAUACGAAGCCGAAGACAUGUCACCGCUGUCCAGUUGUGAGGUCUUUGAUCCCGACACAGGAACGUGGACUGUAAUACCAGACAUGCAUGUUAGACGAGCGGCUGCAGGCAUUGCGACGAUCAAUGGAAAGAUCUAUAUUAUUGGUGGAGUAAGUGAGCAUGGUGCUCGCGCUGAUGUUGAAUGCUACGACACAGAAAAACAGAAAUGGGAAGUCGUGUUCUCGAUGCCAGCAGCAAGGGCUUACAUACAGUGCAAUGUCAUUAAACUUCCUAAACGACUCAUAAGCAAGCUAACUAUUUCUAGUUGAACACAAUUGAUCUUCCUCGGAGCUUUAACGCAUAGCAAAUGGGAAGUGACCUUGUGAAAGGAGAAGGAGAAGGAGAAGAGCAGUGCGUCCUUACUCUUCCGUCCGCGCAGAUCCUAACAUUAACUUAUUCUUUGUCCUCUGGACGCUAGUUGUCAUUAUACAAUAUACACUUAAGGUGGCUGGACCGGCUGGACCCCCUCACGCUUGACCGCUACCUUCCACGUUUGGAACGCUGGUGCAUAAACGUGUUUUAUCCGAUUGCAAAUCUUUUUUGCACAUAAUUCACAUAAAGAUUGGGACUGCAGUCAACUCAGCUGGUAUACAAAGAACAAAAAACAACAAUUAUUUAAUUCGUUUAUUUUUAAAACUUAGAAAAUUAACACAAAUUUACAAAUUAUCUUGUACAUAACCUUGAUGUUGUACAUCUGUCUUACAGGUACAAAAUAGUAUGUUCGUAUGUAUGUAUGUAUACAAUUAAGGUUUCCUAUCCCGCGUCCCCCAAAAUGCAAAGGGAUAAAGCGACACGUUUUUCAACUCCAAAGAGGUGAAGUCUGUCGCUUUACAAUCGCAAACUGCAGAUUAAAAAGUAACUAAAGAGACAGAAGUACUAUUCGAUCUUAACCUGACUGCAAUAAAAGCAUUUUGAAACUGA